GGCUCUGAAAAAAAUCAAUCUAAGGCAAAAUAGCCUAAUAAAUAUUAUGGCUACCAUAAAUAUAGCAAAGCUUCUUGCUAUAGUCGUAGUGUUUACGCUUAUGGAACCCACAAUUUCAAGCCAAGAGCGAACUAAAGACCGUGGGAAAUUAACCUCUAAUAAAUUAAACGAAUGUCGCCGAUGUAAAGUGUUAACAGAUUCUUUUAAUACUUGGCUUGAUAAAACUUCUCGAGGGAAACACGAAGGUGGUGAUGUGGCUUGGGAAGAAGCAAAACUAAAAUCAUACGCUAGAAGUGAAAUGAGAUUCGUUGAAAUACAGGAAGGUCUCUGUUCUGAAUUAAAAAUGCAUAAAGAUCACUGUUAUGCUCUUGCUGAAGAAGCAGAACAGGUUUUAGAAGAAUGGUGGUUUAAUAAGAAUAAUUAUAGCUCAGAUUUGUAUGAAUGGCUGUGUAUUGAAAAUCUUCAGUAUUGUUGCCCUGUUCAUCAAUUUGGUGAAGCAUGUACUCCUUGUCCCCAAGAUGGGAACAAUAAAGUAUGUGCAGGUAAGGGAAAGUGUGAUGGAGAUGGUACACGGAAAGGAAAUGGUACAUGCAUUUGCCACACAGGAUAUUCAGGAAAAUAUUGUGAAGAAUGUUCUAGAAACUUUUAUAAAACUAUGAAUGUGUGUAAAUCGUGCCACCAGGCAUGCUAUGAAUGCAAUGGUGAUGGACCUAAUGCUUGCAUACAGUGUGCACCUGGUUGGAGUAUUGAAUUAGGUGUAUGUGUUGAUGUUAAUGAAUGUUUUGACCUAUCGGUUUGUAAAACUAGUGAGUUUUGUAUAAAUAAAGAAGGUUCCUAUAACUGUGAAUCAUGUGAUAGAACUUGCAAGACAUGUGUUGGUCCCAACCCUAAGGAUUGUACAUCUUGUACUGCACCUGACAAUUUCUUGCUGGCUGGGAAAUGUAUUAAUAAUGAUCAUAAAAGAAUCCUGUUAUUGAAAGUAGUUUUUUAUUUAUCUUUAUGCAUACUAGUGAUAUUUAUUUCAUAUAGAAAAUCAUGGUAUAUUGCGUCUUUUGUAACAUUAGUUACUUCGUUUGUUAUAUACUUUUUUGAAGAUACCUCUGAUGUUAAGGUUAUCGAUGUUUACAAUCAAUAUAAGAUGUAAGGAGCUUAAAUAUACCUACGGUACACAAGUCUAGUAAAUAAAAGUUUAUUUUAAAGGUGUAUUAAAAAUACAUUUUAUUGUGAAAGGUUUAUAACUACAUUUAGUAUCAUUUAUAUACAAAAAUUAAAUACAAUUAACCAAAGAGUGUCCUUAUAUAAUAUAAAAGAAUGUUGAUGCACAAAACAUUAAAGACUUACUUUUAAAAAAGGGCUAGUGAAAAUGUAGGAUGGGACACACAGCAAUGUAUAGACAAGAUCUUUUAAAUCAGAUUUUGUGCAAUAUAUAGUACAGAGCUGUACACAUUAUUGAUUACAGCACAAGAAACAUAGGAGAAUUAAUAUUGCAAUAGAUUGCAUUGUGGUGGGGUCCGCCCUAAUGUCAACAAGCCAUACAGGAGUAUACAUUUAAAUAACAAUAAAAAUGCCAUUAAUUUAAAUUUAAUAGAAUUUGUAGACUACAUAUCUUCCUUUACAUAAUGUGCCACUUUCAAAAUAGAUGCUUUUUAGGCAACAUAAUAUCAAAGCAAUAUGCAGUAAUAUAAUUAUCAUGAAAAUCACAAUAAAUUAUAAAUCUGCAUGGAUAUUAUUCACUGCUAUCAAUACAUAUCUUGGUUAUCCAUAAUAAUAAUAACAAGAA